AUGGGCGUCUCAGUUUCCUCAUACCGGAGACUCGUCUCUUCUCUUUCCCUAACACCACUGCCACUCCUACGCCGGAAAUUCCGAUCAGACGCAGCUCUGGAAGCUCUAAGAAAGGCAUCGGAAGCACGGACCCCAAACGUAGUCUUGUACAAUUACCCCUCUUUCUCCGGCGCGUUUUCAGCUCUCUUUGCUCACAUUUACCACUCUCGACUGAACCUCCCUUGCAUCAUAUUGCCUUUCUCUUCCGUGGAACCCUUCAGGAUUGAAGAUAUAUCUAUUGAAGGAUUGAAGAAAUGCUACUUUCUAGAUUUUAUUGGUCCAAAAGGGUUUGCUGUGGAGCUUUCCAGGCGAACCUCAUGCACAGUAAUUGGUUUUGAUCAUCGGAAAUCAGCGCAUGCCAUAAUACCAUCUAGCGAAGAGUGUAAUGCAAAGCUCGUGUUUCGUGUCAAUCUUGAGAAGAGUAGCUCUACUGCUGUAUAUGAAUAUUUCUCCGCAAAACUUUCAGAAACUGGGUUUGAUAAUGAGGAUACUAAGAGCCUGCUAAACCAUAAAGUUCAAGAUCAGGUAGAGAUGAUUCUCAAAUAUACUGAAGAUGGAGAUCUUCGCAAGUGGGAUUUACCAGAUACUAAGGCGUUCAAUCUUGGACUCCGUGAAUGGCUCUCAAAGUUAAACUGCAUUAGUAAUUCAAGCUUGUACGAGCAGUUGAUGGACAUACACGUUGACGACCUAAUCUCAAAGGGGAAGGCCUAUCUCUCGUGUCGGCAGACUGCUUCAAAUAAAUUGCUGGAUAAAGUUUUUAGAGUCCGGUUGGGCAGAGGACUUUAUGGGGAGUGUUUGGGUGUUAGAGCUGAUGGGAAUUCAGAUUUAAGUGAUGAAAUGGGUAAGGAACUCAGCCAAAGGAGUGCUGCAGCUGGAUUAAGGCCCAUAGGAGCAGUCAUAUACAUGCAGCGCAAUAAUCUGAAAAUGUCUCUGAGGAGUAUGGAUGGCAGUGCUGAUACCUCUGAAAUUGCCAAGGCAUAUGGUGGAGGGGGUUCCCCAAGUUCCAGCUCCUUUAUCAUUCGGAUGGAUGAGUAUAACCAGUGGCUUUCAGUGCAGGCUACGAAAGAUGCUGGCAGAAUUGCAGGUCUUGAUGUGAAAAGGAUAAUCAAUGAGCCAACUGCUGCUGCCCUAUCCUACGAGCUUUCUUUGACAUCUCAGAUUGAAAUCAACUUGCCUUAUAUAAAUGCCAAUGCAUCUGGAGCAAAGCAUUUGAAUAUAACGUUGACCAGAUCAAAGUUUGAGACUUUGGUGAACCACUUGAUUGAUAGAACUAGGACUCCUUGCAAAAGUUGUUUAAAUGAUGCCGUUGCCAUGGGUGCUGCUAUUCAGGGUGGUAUCCUCCGUGGUGAUGUUAAAGAGUUGCUUCUCCUGGACGUGACCCCCUUAUCACUUGGUAUUGAGACUCUGGGAGAUUUAAGGAACGCAAUGGCAAUUGAUAAUGUUGAUGAGAUAAAUGUGAAACUUGAUUCAGCAAACAAAGCUGUAUCGAAGAUUGGACAGCACAUGUCUGUUGGUGGUUCCCCCUCGACCGGAGGUUCUCAGGAAGGCGACCAUGCCUCCGAGGCAGAGUAUGAGGAGAUUUUGCAUUUGCCCCUUCUCUCUCAGAAUUUGUCUAUCCUCUCAAUAUUCAAAGCCACUGAUAAUUACCGUUUUUCUUUAAUGGGGAUUAAAAAAAGAGUGGCCGAUUCCAUAGAAGAAGCAGAAACAGUAAAAGAGAAAGAAUUGAGUUCGGGGAAUGAAGAUGCUAAUCCCGAACCGUCUAAAAAGAAAUUGAAAAAGGAGAAAAAGAGAGAAGAAACUGAAACUCAUGAAGACGAGGAUCAAAAUGAAGUGAAUGCGCUAUCAACCCCCUCAAUUACUCAUAAGCCUUCUGUGAAUUCAAUGGAAAGAAAAAAGAAAAGAAAAUCGUUAGACAAAGAAAGACACCAUGGCUCCCCUAGAAAAACUGUUUUAGAAUUAGGAAAGAAUAAAAACGAGAGUAUAACUCAUAGUAGUAGUGGUGGUGCUGCUGUGUUGCCUGAGUUCCACAUUGGGGUGUUUAAGGACCUUUCGGCAGCUGAUGCAAGUGUGAGGGAAACAGCGGCUGAGGCCCUAGUUUCAGAGUUGUUGGAAGUUCAGAAAGUUUAUGAUAUGUUGGAGGAUAAGCAAGUAGUGGAGGACGCACUGAAAUUGGAAGCUGAGAAGGAUGAUGGGUUGAAUAAUUGCGCCCCGUCCUUGAGGUAUGCUGUUCGGAGACUCGUUCGUGGGAUUUCCUCAUCAAGAGAGUGUGCAAGACAAGGAUUUGCACUGGGUCUUACAAUUUUAGUAGGCACAGUUUCUAGCAUCAAAGUGGAGUCUUUAUUAAAGCUAAUCGUUAAUUUAUUGGAGAUCUCCUCUUCAAUGAAGGGUCAGGAAGCAAGAGACUACCUGUUGGGCCGCUUGUUUGCAUAUGGAGCUCUGGCAAGAUCUGGAAGACUGACUGAAGAAUGGAUUAUGGAUAGCAACACUCCUUAUAUUAAAGAAUUUACUAGUUGUCUUAUAUCUCUUGCAGCUAAGAAGCGAUACUUACAAGAGUCUGCUGUCUUAGUUAUUAUGGAAAUGGUUGAGAAGUUACCUGUUGAAGCCCUGUUGAAUCAUGUUCUGGAAGCACCAGGAGUUCAGGAGUGGUUUGAAGGAGCAACAGAAGUUGGAAAUCCUGAUGCUUUGCUUCUAGCCAUUAAAAUGCAAGAAAAAAUUGGCGCUGAUGCUAAAGCAUUUUCCAAGCUUUUGCCUUCUCCAUAUAAUCAAAGCAGGCUUUUCUCUGCUGAUCAUUUGUCUGCCAUUUCUAAUUGCUUAAAGGAGUCCACCUUUUGUUUGCCUCGGGUGCACAGUGUCUGGCCUGUUUUGGUAAAUAUUCUCCUCCCCGACUCUGUUGUGCAAGAUGUAAACUUUGUGUCAGGUCCAAGUACCACAAAGAAGCACAAAAGAGGUCGCAAGGGUAGUUCACUUGAAGAUGUCGAGAAAAAUCUUAAAUGCUUUUUUGAAGUUGUUAUUGAAGGAUCACUCUUGACGUCCUCGCAUGAUCGGAAGAACUUAGCAUUUGAUAUUAUGUUGCUUCUACUGCCGAAGCUACCUGCGUCUUGUGUGCAUGUGGUGUUGUCCUAUAAAGUUGUCCAGUGUCUUAUGGAUGUACUUGCAACCAAAGAUUCAUGGCUUUUCAAAGUUGCACAACAUUUUAUUAAAGAAUUGUCUGAGUGGGUCCAGCAUGAUGAUGCCAGGAGAGUUGCAGUUAUUGUGGCUCUCCAGAAAAACACCAACGGAAAAUUCGAUUGCAUCACCAGGUCAAAAACAGUUAAAGAUCUGAUGUCAGAUUUGAAGUCGGGAUGCGAUCUGUUCAUUGAAAAUUUGAUGACCAUGUUUCUAGAAGAAGGUCAUACUUCAGAGGAACCAUCAGAUCAGAGUCAAACAACAGAUGACAAUUCGGAGAUGGGUUCCAUGGAAGAUAUGGAUUCUGUUGGAAAUAUGGGAAGUCCUGAUUUUCUCAGAACCUGGGUUGUUGAAUCUCUUCCCAGUGUGUUGAAGCAAUCAAAGCUAGAUCCGGAUGCAAGGUUCCACGAGCAAAAGAAAAUUCUGAAUUUCCUGUCUGUUCAAGGAUUAUUCUCUUCGGCUAUUGGGACAGAAGUGACGUCUUUCGAGUUACAGGAUAAGCUUAGGUGGCCAAGGUUGGCAAUUUCUAGUGCGUUAUGCACUGUAUGCAUUGAACAGCUACAAUUAUUGCUUGCAGAUGCUCAGAAAGGGGAACACCUACAGUUAUUGCUUCCAGAUGCUCAGGAGGGGGAAACACCUCAUGCGGUGGCAUGUGGUCUUGAGACAAAUGAUCUUGGAUCUUACUUUAGGAGGUUUCUGAGUAUAUUAUGCAACAUCCCUUCAGUUUCAUUGUCAAGGGCCUUGAGCACUGAUGACGAUGAAGCAUUCAAAAAUCUUCAAAAAGAGUUAUCGAAACUGGAAGCAAAGCAGAGUCAGUUAUCGAGACAGGGAGGAAAUUUUAAUCUUAGCAUGGACGUGAGUAAAAGUCAUGCCAUGAGGUAUUUGCUAAUCCAACUGCUGCUUCAAAUCCUAGUCCGACCUGGGGAAUUCUCCGAAGCUGCUUCUGAACUUAUUAUGUGCUGCAAGAAAGCUUUUGGCCCCUCUGAUCUUCUGAAAUCAUCUGGUGAAGAUGGUACACCCGAGUUAAUGGACGUUCUUGUAGACACAAUGCUUUCCCUGCUUCCACAGUCAUCAGCUCCUAUGCGAUCUUCUAUCGAGCAGGUUUUCAAGUAUUUUUGUAAAGAUGUUACGGAUGAUGGGUUGCUUCGGAUGUUGCGGGUUAUCAAAAAGGAUUUAAAACCAGCUAGACACCAGGAUACAGAUAGUGAAGAUGAAGGCGAUGCCGAUGAUGAUAUUCUUGCUAUUGAAGAAGCAGUGGAAUCUGAUGUGGCUGAGACUGGCGAAACUGGUGAAAGUGAUGAGCAAACAGAUGAUUCUGAGGCAGUAGUUGGAUUUGGGACUGAAAACACGGAGAUUCCGGAUGAUUCUGAUGAUGAUUCUGAUGAGGGAAUGGAUGACGAUGCAAUGUUCAGGAUGGAUACUUAUCUUGCACGAAUUUUCAGGGAAAGGAAGAACCAAGCUGGAGGUGAAACUGCCCAUUCUCAGCUUGUUCUCUUCAAGCUUCGAGUUCUCUCUUUGCUGGAGAUUUACCUACAUGAAAAUCCAGGUGAACCACAGGUACUGAAAGUUUUCUCGCACCUUGCUCAAGCAUUCUUAAAUCCACAUACCACAGAAGUUAGUGAACAGCUCGGCCAGCGGAUUUGGGGUAUACUGCAAAAGAAAAUAUUUAAAGCGAAGGACUAUCCGAGAGGCGAAUCUGUACAGCUUUCUUUACUUGAAUUGCUUUUGGAGAAGAACUUGAAGUUGGCAGCAAAGCCUUUUAAGAGGAAAAAAUCUGCUUCCAAUCCAUCAAAGAAAAAGCAAUCUGCCUCCUGGAAUCGAUACAAAAUGAUAAGUUCACUUGCUCAAAGUUCGACAUUUUGGAUUUUAAAGAUUGUUGAUGCAAGAAAUUUUUCAUACUCUGAACUGCAGAGGAUAUUUGAUAUUUUUGAAGCUGCAUUAGUGGCCUAUUUUGAUAGUAAAAAGUCGCAGAUGAAAUCUGAUUUUUUAAAAGAAAUAUUUAAAAGACGACCUUGGAUUGGGCAUCACUUCUUUGGUUUUCUUUUGGAGAGAUGCGGGAGUGCAAAAUCACAGUUUCGACAAGUUGAAGCUCUCGAUUUGGUGACGGAGAUUUUAAAAUCAUUCCUCUCUUCUCAUGCUGAUGAAAGUGGGAAGAAUGCAUUAAAGAUGUUGAAAAGUCAUCUUCCAAAGAUAUGCCAUCUAAUCAAGCAGUUAGUGACCAACAUGCCCGAAAAGCAGUCCAGACGAGCUGAUGUGCGCAAGUUCUGUACCAAGAUAUUCCAAAUUUUAACUGCUCAUAAUCUGAUUGCGUCGUUUCUUAAAGCUUUGGAGCCAGAUGGUCAUGCUGGUUGUGAAUCUCAACUUGGAGAGACAUUUCUUGCUUUGAAGAAACAGGAACGCUAA